AUGACAGUCCGUCUCUACCGACUUGCUGUACUCCUCCGUACAAGCUUGAUUAUUUGCUUCGGAGGCGACAAGGCUCUCAUAUUCGUGCACCAAGCCACUGGCAAUUGGUGGGUGGCACAAACUGCACGUUCAAGGGUGGCGGCCAAGGCACAGACACGAGACCAGUCCAACCACGGCAGCAAUGACAAGCUUGGCCUGGCUCCUUUGGGCUUUGCGCGGUUUCCUAACGUCGCCGAUGAUGGUGGUGUGGAGACACCCAACUUUUUGAGAAACAGGUUGGGAGGCAACUGGAGCAGCUCGACCCGCGCGAAAGGAUGGGAUGGCAUUCACGAUUGA